UCGCCGCCCUCCGCCACCACCGUGGGAGCCCGUAUCAACAGCGCAUGUCGGAUCCAACACACCGAGCUCAACCGCCUGCUGAUGCAGCGCCUUCCACUCGCGCUACCUCCGAACCAACAGGGUCCUCUUCUGUUCGCCAGAGGCAUUGUUCCAUUUGCGAGGAUUUUCUUCUUCUUUGAGUCGGAAUGGGACCUGCUUAUCCGACAUGCAGCAAGCCCCAGUGAUGGCGUGCAGAAGUGGCUCGCAGAUCUCCGGCCGCAUGGUCUGGCAAGGGCAACCCGACUAGAGAACGACCUGAAACACUUACGCGCUGUUGCUGGGCCAAACAUAUACCGCACACCUGACUUAGGGGAUUACUGGCUGAGGGAUAUGCGUACUCGCUUGCGAAGCCAACCACAUGUAUUGAUGGCUUAUGCGUGGGUCUUCUACAUGGCUACUUUUGCGGGUGGGCGAUGGAUACGGCAGCAGUUGGCGAAUGGUGGAGCUGAGUUCUGGACACAACGCCCCUUGACCGACGUCGACGUGGUAGAGGAGGGCCCGGCGCCAGAAUUCCAUGGAUUUUCCUUUCUUUCCUUCGAUGGCGAUCAGGACGGUGAAGAUAUCAAGGCUCUUUUCAAGACUCGCCUUGCAGAAGCCGAAACACUCUUGACAGGAGAGCAAAAGCAGGACAUCGUAGAUGUUGCCCAGCAACUGUUCGAAAGAUGCAACAAGCUGGUUGGUGAGCUGGAUGUGAUGGUUACUCGAGACCGUGUCCCGACUUGGCUACUACCGACAUGUUUUGUGCUGUUUCUGAUGCUUUUGUUUGUUUGUGGUGUGGGAUAAUCCGCGCGCUGUUUUCCGGGCUAUCCUUCUAGUCCCGGCGCAGCAUUCUCGACGACAGUGCAACGACACCCAGACAUUUUGAAUAAUAUGGUGAUAGCGCGGAGCAUCAGUGUGCAUGGAGGCGUGAGGUAUUCCCACUGAUUGAUAUGGAUCAUGGCAUGGGAGCAGCGUCGCGUUAUAUAUGAAUCGGGAUUGCGGUUGCAUAACAGUGCGGUACGUAUCUACUGGGUGCUGCUUUCACCUUGAGUGUUUUUCAAAUGGGACUGCAUGAUCAAUACUCCUGCGUCGAUGACAGGUAAACCUCACUC